GAGGGUCCAGUGACAGCUUCCCUGCUACAAUUGCAGACCAAUCUUGUUCCUUUUCCACGUUUGCGGUACCUCCAACUCGGACUGGCACCGCUCUGCACUGCUGAUGUGAUGUCGCAUGAAGCUUUCACAGUGCCUGAGUUGACGUUAAAGUGUUUUGAAAAGGAGAAUCAGAUGAAUACGUGCGAUCCCAAGAACUCCGUAAUGAUGGCGUGUGCAUUGCUGUAUCGUGGCGAUGUGCCAAUUAAGGAGAUAACAGACAGCAUAGAGAUCUUCAAGAAACGCUCAAUUGUGGGUCUGGUCGACUGGUGCCCCACUGGCUUCAAGGUCGGCGUGGUGGAGCGACCUCCCGCGGUGGUGAAACAGAGUGGCAUGGGCAGGACGUGUCGUCAACUGACAGCUAUCUACAACUCUACACUUGUUAUUGAACCCUUCAAAUGCAUCCUCCACCGAUUUAAUACUCUUCUUGCCAAGAAGGCCUUUGUUCAUUGGUUCCUGCAGGAAGGCAUGGAAGAGGCCGAGUUCUGCGAGUGUGCUGACGACGUUCAGGCCAUUAUGAACGACUACAUCUUUAUUGAGAACUGCUUCAACACGGGAGCAGAAUGCGCGGAACCACCGAUAGUUGACAGGCGCUUCAAUAAUCCCUGUCGGCCUCAGGAGGAGGAAGAGGAAGAAGAGGAAUACGCCGCUGAUGACUGCAUGAAUUGCGAUCUUGAUGACAUGUUUGGUGACAACGACGAUGGGUGCGAUAAUGACAGCGCCAACUAUUUGGCAGAAUCUCUGAACGGUCGCCAAACUUAA